AUGGCUCCGCCUCAGGCGCCGGCGGACGGUGGUGUCGUCGUUGCCGGCGGCACGGCGGUGCCGUCGGAGAACGGUGCCGGCGACCAUCACGGGGGGAGCGUCGACAACAGUAACGGCGUUGUCGGGGGCCGCACGACGGUGCCGUCGUCGUCGGUGGCGGCGAACGGCAACGGCAAGCAGCACGGCACGAGGGAGAGGAAGAAGAAGCCAGCAGUCGUCAGCCCGAUGGACAAGUACUGGACGCCCAUCGACGACAAGGAGGCGGCGGAGGCCGUGGAGGACGGCGGCGAGGACGGGCGGCGCCCGCUCCUGUUCCGGACGUACAGGGUCAAGGGAAUCCUCUUGCACCCCUACAGGUUGUUGACCUUGCUGAGAUUGAUUGCUAUCAUCCUAUUCUUCAUAUGGCGGAUCAGGCACCCGUACGCCGAUGGCAUGUGGCUCUGGUGGAUAUCCAUGGUUGGAGAUUUCUGGUUUGGUGUCACUUGGUUGCUAAACCAAGUUGCAAAACUCAACCCUAUCAAGCGUGUCCCAGACCUUUCCCUCCUGAGACAGCAAUUCGAUCUCCCUGAUGGCAACUCUAAUCUCCCCAGGCUUGAUGUUUUUAUCAACACCGUUGAUCCCAUAAAUGAGCCUAUGAUAUACACUAUGAACUCUAUCCUAUCCAUUCUUGCCGUAGACUACCCAAUUGAUAGGACUGCUACCUACCUCUCGGAUGAUGGAGGGUCCAUAAUCCAUUAUGAGGGCUUGCUUGAGACUGCAAAUUUCGCAAAACUUUGGGUUCCAUUUUGCCGAAAACAUAGCAUUGAGCCGAGAGCUCCUCAGAGCUAUUUUGCUGUGAAGUCACGCCCGUACACAGGAAAUGUACCAGAUGAGUUUGCUGAUGAUCAUAGGCACAUGUCUAAGGAGUAUGAUGAGUUCAAGGUGCAUUUGGAUGCACUUUUUACUAAAAUCCCUGAGCGCUCAGAUGCAUACAAUGCAGAGGCCAAAGAAGGUGUAAAGGCAACCUGGAUGGCAGAUGGAACACAAUGGCCAGGAACAUGGUUUGACCCUGCUGAAAACCACAAGAAAGGGCAACAUGCUGGAAUUGUUAAGGUUAUGUUGAAUCACCCGGGCGAUGAACCUCGGUUUGGUGGACCAGCUAGUGCUGAAACCCCUCUGGACUUCAGUGCUGUUGACGUGCGGCUCCCAAUGCUUGUCUAUAUCUCCCGUGAGAAGAAUCCAAGCUAUGACCAUCAAAAGAAAGCAGGCGCCAUGAACGUGCAGCUGCGGGUCUCUGCACUUCUGACUAAUGCUCCCUUCAUCAUCAAUUUUGAUGGUGACCACUAUGUCAACAACUCACAGGCCUUCCGAGCUGCAAUGUGCUUCAUGCUGGACCGGCGUGAUGGCGACAACACUGCUUUUGUUCAGUUCCCACAACGCUUCGAUGAUGUCGACCCAACAGACAGGUACUGCAAUCACAACCGUGUCUUCUUUGAUGCCACCUUGCUUGGUCUAAAUGGCAUCCAGGGACCCUCCUAUGUUGGCACCGGUUGCAUGUUCCGCCGGAUUGCUGUCUAUGGUAUUGAUCCACCUCGUUGGAGAACUGAUGCCUUCAAGCUCGUGGACAACCCCAACAAGUUUGGCAACUCAAUGCCCUUCAUCAACUCCAUACCAUCAGCUGCGAACCAAGAAUGGUCCAUGACAUCACCACCGGCACAUGAGGAGUCUGUCAUGGAAGAGCUGAAUAAUGUCAUGAAGUCUGCAUAUGAGGAUGGUACUGAAUUUGGAAAGGAAAUAGGCUGGGUGUACAACAUUGCUACGGAGGAUGUGGUGACGGGCUUCCAGUACACGGACAGGAUGGCGAUCUAUAUUCUGCGCUGGUCGGGCGGUUCCCUUGAAAUGUUCUUCUCACACUGCCCACUCCUUGCUGGUCAUCGACUAAACUUCAUGCAACGAAUAGCCUACACCAACAUGACAGCCUACCCAAUCUCAUCAGUCUUCCUUGUUUUCUAUCUCCUCUUCCCCAUCAUAUGGAUCUUCCGUGGUGAGUUCUACAUACAAAAGCCGUUCCCCACAUAUGUGUUGUACCUCGUCAUCAUCAUAGCAAUGACAGAACUGAUCGGCAUGGUCGAGAUCAAGUGGGCCGGCCUCACGUUGUUGGAUUGGAUCCGCAACGAGCAGUUCUACAUCAUCGGGGCAACAGCCGUGUACCCAUUAGCAACGCUGCACAUUGUGCUGAAGCUAGUCCUUCGUGGGAAUGGUGUUUCGUUCAAGCUGACAGCGAAGCAGGCUACAAGCACCGUGAACGAGAAGUAUGCUGAGAUGUACGUAGUGCAGUGGGCGCCACUGCUGAUCCCCACAAUAGUGGUGAUCGCCGUGAACGUCGGAGCGAUUGGGGCGGCGAUUGGCAAGGCGAUCGUUGAGGGAUGGUCGCUCCUGCAGAUGGCCGAUGCGUCCCUCGGACUGGUGUUCAACGCAUGGAUCCUGCUGCUGAUCUACCCGUUUGCGCUCGGGAUCAUGGGGCGGUGGAGCAAGAGGCCCUAUAUACUGUUCAUCUUGUUCAUGAUUGGGUUUGCUGUAGUAGCGGUGGUGGUUGUUGCCAUCCAUGCUGCGCGCACUGGUUCUGUUCGGUUCCAUUUCAGACAUUCAGGCGGUGCUAGUUUCCCUACAAGCUGGGGUUUUUAG